GGAUGACUCGCGAGGAAAUAUUGACGAUAGGCAAGCAUUGUAGUUUAGAUACCUGUAGAAAGACAGAUUUUCUACCUGCGAAGGUCGCUAUAGUGUUAUCGACGUAGAUAGCUAAGCUGACGCAACGACAGUGUGUCUAUUGCAAAGUAGACUAUUGUGCAGAGCACGCCACACCAUCGCUCGAGUACUCAGACGAGAAUCACUACUGUGAAUCAUACAAGGAGGCGGAAAUCGCGAGAAAGAGCAAGUCAAAGAAUAGCUACAAUGAGCUUGAUAUGUGCAGUCAGGAGAGUUGUAACACGAAGCUCAUAUCACCCAUAAGCUGCAUCGAAUGCAGUCGGACAUUCUGCACCUACCAUUACCAUCCCACCACUCACCGCUGCCAGACCAGCAGACGACUAGCGAACAACGGCAGAAGUGCGGCAUCGAACAACGCAGGAUUGGCUGCCCUCAAGCGCCUAGGGCAGUCUAAUAGUAAUACCACAGCAAAGCAGCCGCCAAGAGAGCCACAAGAGCGUGAUACAGGGGAGAGAAAGACAAACAAAGAGUCGACUAGUAUCCUAGCGAAGGUUAUACCGAACAUGGAGAGAAUCCAAGCAGGUGGCCCUAUCAAAACCCCACUCGCUUCCCUCAAGCAUGACAAAAGAAGCAAAAGUGAGCGUGACUCACAGAUGCGAGCGUUGUUGGAUCGAGAGAAAAAAGGCAUUCUCUCCUCCAACGACAAGCUACGUCUAGCUGAAAUGCGGGCCUUGGAGAGCCAGUCACCGAAGGCUAGGGAUUGCAAAGUACAAUAAAUAGUAUAUAGUACAACAUUCUAGUCAUGUAUUAACCUAUGAAUGAUCAGUAUGCG